GAGGAUGAAAGUGCAAGCGGUGAGUUAUCAGGCAAUGAAAGUAAGGAGUCAUCGGAAUCAUCUCAAGUUGUGACCAUAAACCCUGAGGAUGACGACAAAUGCGAGCCUAACCCCUGCAGAAACGGGGGCACGUGUGUGAGUAACUACAAUUAUAUUGACGGUUACGUCUGCGAGUGCGCCGAUGACUUUGGUGGAAUUACUUGUGGAGGUGGGUAGUAUGACUCUAAUAGCAAGUAUAACGUAUCAAAAGAACUCUUAAUAGAAGGAUAACAGGUCCAAUCCAAAAACUGCCUGCUCGCCAAACGUUGAGUUUCUGGGGCAUUUGUAAACCUUGUGGCAAAGCUGUUUUAACCUUUGUUAAAAAGUAAAAGUGUCUCGACGGCAGCAAAGAACGACCUGUAUUUUACACUUAAAUUGAUACAUUCGUCGGACAGUUCUCGAUCAAAGUUAAGUCAAGGUGGAGAACGUUGACCCGGCGAUAUGCUGACACCAGUAUUUCUUCUUAAUUUUUGCCAACAGAACUCAAGUGCCGAAUAACACUUCCACGCUUUUCGUCACCUCAGUGCCUCAUAAAGAGAGAACUUAGCAGGCACAUCAAGAAAACACUUAUAAGAUUGACUUCUGCAUCGGACAACCGUUAUUCCAAGUAGGUAGUCCAGAGUAGAGGAUUAAACUUCGCAUAAGCUUCACCUGUAAUGUGACAAUUUCUUCCUCUGUUUAUUCUAUACGCUUGUCUUUUUUCCCCACCCUUUUUUCCCUACCCAACGUGAGGAUGAGCACUUUCACGUUAAGUUUAUGAAAAACGUAGCGAGAGAGAGCCUCUAUCGUUCUCGAAAACAUUAGCAAUCGUUUGAGCAUCUCUCUAUUUGCUGUUUCCCGAUUGCCGUUUGCUGUAAACAAGAUGCUUGACCUCUCUAAUCUAACAACAUGAAAGGCAGGCAAAAGUACCCAUUCCAGGCAGGGUGUUGCUUACUUUUAGUAUCAAGCUCGGAUACCACGUAGAAGGAUACAACGAGUAGGUUGACGGCGAAGGAGGCAGAGCGGGUCGGGGGAAGGUCGAAUCCUCAAGAUUGCACCUUUUUGCAAGAGGUAGCUUAUGGAAUUUAUUUAUAAUAAAGAAAUUAUUACAUACUCUCUCUUCCUUCCUUGUUCCUCCCCUCACCCCACAAACUUCUUUCACUUUCGUGUCUUCCCUACCAUCUGAGUGCUUGGAACAGGCUAUAAAUCACACUAGUCUGGCAACAAUUAGGGUGGUUGCAAGUUGCGAAAAUUUGUUCCAGAAAGUAGAGAGGGGUACUACCUUUUACAACAAAAUUUGUAAAAUGUCUUGUGUUCACGUCUUCUAUAAUGUGUGAAGAUAGGUUUCACGUUUUUAGUAUUCCCAAGAUGGCAAAGAAAUGCACAAGCUACCUUGACUACCCGCUAGUGCAUUUUCACUCUGGUGAGCAGUUAUUGGUAGUCGUGCUUUAAUGUGAUUUCCUUAAGCAGGUCAGAGGAUCUGAUGGUGCCAACGUUGUCAAAGAAAGGCGCAGCGAGCUUUGUUCAAAGUGCGUCUACGGAUCCAUUCACCAUAGAGUGGUACAUGAAAAUGACAGACAACGCUGAUAUCAACAAAGAUCUUGAGUCACACUUUACUCUCAAAGAUCCUCGUUUCCACGAAACACCAACUUUGAUUGACUUUGCAGUAGUAUUUGAAGCCUUCUACAAACAUCACAGGGUAACUAUUUGGUUUUCCGUAGCAUAG